CGGUACAGUGUGGGAACCCAACCACACCUGCUCACGGACGUAUUUCUCGCGUGGACGGCACAACCUUCUCCCACUCCAUCGUGUACUCUUGUAUGGAGGACUACUUCCUCACUGGCUCGCCCACACGCCAGUGCCUCGCAAAUGGAACAUGGUCUGGAGCAGCUCCAAACUGCACAAUGAUCACCUGUGGCGACCCCGGUAUCCCAGCAAAUGGACUCAGAUUUGGAGAAGAGUUCACGGUGGGCCAGAAUGUGACGUACAUGUGUCAGCCUGGGUACGUGAUGAUCGGAGAGGACAGCGCUGAUGCAAGGACCUGCACCAGAAAUGGCACCUGGAGUGGCACCAUGCCAGCGUGCAAAG